UGGCUCGUCCUAUCGAGUGGGCGGGGCUUUUCCCGGUUUCGGAAGGGCAACACGCAACCAACCAACAAAACUUUUAAAAGAUUGAGCUAGCUACGACAUUAAUUUCCUCUCUCACGAAGACAGUCAUCACAAUGACUUCGACGAACAUGUUUUCAGGACUCGAUAAUGGCGCAAAGCCAAGUUCAAGAGUCCUGCGUCCCCCCGGAGGUGUCUCCAGCGACCUGUUCGGUGGCUAUGAGGGAGAAGCAGCUGCUUCGAGACGGCCCCACAAGAUGGCCUCCAACCUUUUCGCCCCACCAGAGCCCCAGGGUGUCAUCAGGCGAACCAACCCCCCAGGGGGUAAAAGCAGUGGGAUAUUUGGUUCUCCAGAUGCCCCAGCCGAGCAACGGAGACCCGUACCCUCAGGCGGCAACACCAGCAACAUCAUCUGGGGGCUAGAGAGCGCCCCUCCCUCUGACAAAGCCCAUUCCAACAAGCCAAAGGACAACAUUUCUGUGGGUCAAAGUCCCAUGCCCAUACCUGAGCCCCCAGCUCCUCUCCUGAAGGAGAGCCCGGCCAAGGAGGUGAAGGAAGAGAACGUUGCCUCCCCUCCCCCCACUCCCACCAAAGCAGCGGUGGAGACUGCGCCUGCUCCCUCAGCCAAGAAGCCAGAGGCCUGCCUUAGUGAGCUCUCACUGAAGGACCACGAGCCCCACCUCGGCCCCCGCCCCCGCUCCCACAACAAGGUCCUUAACCCCCCAGGAGGGAAGUCUAGUGUGGUGUUCUACUGAGCCAGCUCCUCCAUCCCAUCUCUAUUCAUGUAUGCAUCACAAAUGGCACCUUAUUCCCUAUAUAAGUAAGUAACCCUUGUCCGAGCCAGAACGGCACGUAGGGCAGAAGCCCAUCUCUUGUUUCUGUAGAGUGAGGCUGCUUGAUGUACAAGUACACCCCCUGGACAGGACAAGUUUAUGGUCCCUGGUCAAAAUUAGUUGACAGUAUAGGAAACAGGGAGCCAUUUGGGAUACAAACCAUGCACACAACUUUUCUCUGUUCUGUUCAUUUUCCCUUUUCACUCUGUCCUUCCAUGUUUUGCACUUUCUUAAUCUAACCCAUUCUUGACCUAACCUCCCCCUGUUCAUUUUAGAUUAUGUUGCUAUCAAGCAGGAAGAAAAUAAUCUCAAUCAUUUUUACAGGCUAAAUUCCUGUCCAAUCAUUCAAAAUUUCCAAUUCAUUGCAAGGGUACUAUUUCUUGCUGGAAAUGUUAUUUUUUGUAUUACAUGGUUUUAAAUGUUAUUGUGUUGAUUACAAAGGUUAAUUUAGUCAGAAUCACUGGCAUCUAUUUGUAAUUCCGAGUGACUCAGCAGUGUAUCUUUGUCGGCAUUGAGAUCUGUUUGUUGCCCAUGCAAACGGUUGUCAUAGUAAGCCCUUAAUUGAUCAAAAUCCCUCUUUACUCUGUUUGUUAACAGUAACAGGUAUCCCUAUCAUGCUCAUUCUGUUUUCCAUUUCAUCACACUCCUUUUCUCUCCACUAAUAAUCAAACCUAUCUUGAGUUUCAGCAGCCAGAAACAAACUCCUGUUCAGGGGGAAAAAAAGAAACAAAUCGACUAACUAAUCAUGUACCCAUGAUGUACUGCCCACCCCCAAAGUUCUGUGGAAGAAAUUCCACUAUGAUUUAUCUCCCAUGCAAAUGGCUGAAUGUGUUGUGGUUGUUCCCUGCUCUGUUACCAUUGCUUGCUGUUAUCAGAGGUUUGUAUCCACUCGGGGAGGCCUCUGUUUUAAAUUAAAACGUCUGCUGUACACAAUUGAACUCUGGAAUAGUAAAUGACUGGUCAAAAUACGGAUGGGGACUUGGGAGACCCUAAGGAACCCCUAGCCACCCAUACACCGCACCACGUUCCAGGCUGCCUGUCGUGCACCAUUUCUUACAACGCCUGGAGAAGCGUUUUUAGCAUGUCAGUAACCAGUAUGGCUAGUUUCUCGUCAACGUAUAAACCUUUUAUGACUUGUGUAAAUCUGAGUUCAGCAUAUAUUAAAGGUGCGUGAUGACUUAGUGCAAAUAAACAUGUAUUUUGCCAUUAAAUUCCCCAAACUGGCCGGUUUGUAGGCAGUCUGGAACGCGCCCCGGUUCAAGGUCUCCUGGUGCCAUCUUAACCCCUGAGUGUUGGAGUGCCUGGCAGGCAAAGUUCACAGCAGAGGAAAAGCAAAAAUAACCUGUGUUGCAAUAAAACUUAUUUUCAGACUAUCA